GAGUUCUAUUAGGCAUGUCAUCAACUAGCUCUUAUUAAAGAGGUUUAUUGGUCAGAUUUAAAAGCUAGGACACCUAAUCAUAUCCUAAAAGGAUUGAGAUCAUGAUAAGUCUAGUUAAACAUGAUGAUCUUUGGCUCAAUUAACUAUAUGCAUGUCCCCCAUCUGCCCAUCAAGCUAACACCUAAUCUAUAGUUUUGAAUGUUCAUAAAACAAAACAUAAUCAUUUACUCGUUGCUGUGCCCCCACUUGUCAAUUGUGCAUAAGUGAUUAUUUUUACACAAAUCUCCCUUCAAAGCAUAGUCUUUGUGUCCUGCAAUGAAAGCUUCAAAGCAGCAGCAGCAGCAGAAGCAGAAUCAGCUCCAACAAAGAGGAUGCAAGGCCUUGUGUUGCAGCUGCAGGUUCAGUGUUUCUUCUUCUGAAGAAGCAGAAAGCUCAGCCUCUGAUAGGUUCCCUUCUGUUUCAAGCCUUGCACACGCCAUGGUGCAAGAGAGACUUGACCAAAUGAUUAGAGAAAGGAUGGAAGCUAGUCAUGUAGAGAGAAGAAGACAGCAGAGCAGUGAAGGGACAAAGUUUGUCGUGAUGGUAGCAAUGGAGAAGAGCUCUUACGAUCCAAGAGUAGAUUUUAGAGAGUCCAUGAUGGAGAUGAUAGCUGCCAACCGCCUUCAAGACGCCAAAGAUCUUCGUAGUCUAUUGAACUAUUAUAUCUCCAUGAACUCUAAUCAGUACCGUAGUCUUAUUCUUGAGGUUUUUCAUGAGGUUUGUACUAAUUUGUUCUUAUCAUGUAAAUGCCAUUGA